AUGGAUCGCUCCACAUAUUCUCGACCGACGACGUUCUCCAUCUACCUUCCAGCGAGAAGCAAGUUGAGUACGAGUCCGAGUCCGAGUCCGAGUCCGACUUCUCUGACUUCCACGACGACGACGACGACGAUAAUGAAGAAGGAGAAGGAGAAGGAGAAGGAGAAGGAGAAGGAGAAGGAGAAGGAGAAGGAGAAGGAGAAGGAGAAGGAGAAGGAGAAGGAGAAGGAGAAGGACAAGUAG